CCAGACAGGGAUUCUGGGAGGUGGGAGACAGUUCUAGCCGUGUGGCCCUUGUUCUGUGCGAGCGCGGGCGCGCCUCGAACUCCCGGGCCGGGCCAGGCUGGGCGCGGGGCUCCGCUGCUCCCGCGUCCCUGGACCGUGGAGGUUCGCCGGCACUGGCGGCGGGAGAAACUUAACCCGGACGGGAAGUCCUUCCUGCGUCCGACAGCGUCUCUCGAUGCGGAGCCGAAUAACUUUGUGUUUUUGCGUUCAGCCUGUCUCUUGCGGCUCGUGGCGCGCGGGGAGGUUUCGGCGUACCUGCGGAGAUCGUACCUGCGGAGGACGUACCUGUGCGUGAGGAGGAGAAAGGGCAAGAUCCAGCCUGAGUGACCCGCUGCCAGCCUCUCCGCGUAAGGGUGGCCCCUGGGUGGGGUGAAGCUCCACCGUCUUUCCUCUGGUCCCUGACCUCAGCGUGGGCCACCGACUGCAAGAUGAACUGUCGAUCGGAGGUGCUGGAGGUGUCGGUCGAGGGGCGGCAGGUGGAGGAGGCCAUGCUGGCCGUGCUACACACGGUGCUCCUGCACCGCAGCACCGGCAAGUUCCACUACAAGAAGGAGGGCACCUACUCCAUCGGCACCGUGGGCACCCAGGAUGUGGACUGCGACUUCAUCGACUUCACCUACGUGCGUGUCUCCUCGGAGGAGCUGGACCGCGCUCUGCGCAAGGUCGUCGGGGAGUUCAGGGAUGCUCUGCGCAACUCUGGGGGCGACGGGCUGGGGCAGAUGUCCCUGGAGUUCUACCAGAAGAAGAAGUCUCGCUGGCCGUUCUCCGACGAGUGCAUCCCCUGGGAAGUGUGGACGGUCAAGGUGCAUGUGGUGGCCCUGGCCACGGAGCAGGAGCGGCAGAUCUGCCGGGAGAAGGUGGGGGAGAAGCUCUGCGAGAAGAUCAUCAACAUCGUGGAGGUGAUGAACCGGCACGAGUACCUGCCCAAGAUGCCCACGCAGUCAGAGGUGGACAACGUGUUUGACACGGGCUUGCGGGACGUGCAGCCCUACCUCUAUAAGAUUUCCUUCCAGAUCACCGAUGCCCUGGGCUCCUCCGUCACUACCACCAUGCGCAGGCUCAUCAAAGACACCCUGGCCCUCUAGGUCUCUCCAGGGCCUCGGUGCUCCUUGAUGGUUUAUGGACCUUGGCUUCUGGGGAUCGUACUGUUAGGCCCUUGGGGCUCUGGAACCCGCUCUGGGUCCUUGAUGAGACUUGGAAGGGCCGCCCUGGCUUCCUCGUGGCGUGGUUGCCAGUCUCUGGUCGUCCUUGUCACCUUCACUGACGGUCAAGUCUGGCCUGCACUGUCUCUCCAUACUCCUGGUUUUGGGGGGGGGGGGGCGGGGUUCCCCUUUCCUAUACUGUACAGAGGAGGCAUCACUAGGAUGGUGAAUAAAGCUGAGAAUGUGA